UAUGUUGCUAUGACUUACAGCAUGGAAAUAAAUAAGUAAACCAAGUAAGCAGAUAAAGCAAAAGAACCAUGGAAAAGUAGGAAAGGUUGGAAGUCGAGGAGGCAUCUCGACCCCAUCUCUUUUAAAGCGCCCACUGCACCUGCACGCCUUUAUAUGGAAAAAUGCAAACAUUAUAGUAGCUAUUAAAUCAAAUUAAUCAAUAUUAAAUUGCUACCCACUUCCUCACCUUUCCAAUUCAAUAUUUCUCAUAUUUCAAAUCAAAUAAUGCCUUUUCCUUAAUUUUUUGAAUUGAUUCACAUUACCCACCGCUCUUAUAUCAAGGCCAACAAAAGCUGUAAAAUAAAAGCUCACCAAUUCUAUCACUUUUUAGGCAUGGCCUUGGCCCUCCCAUUUCAAUACAAAUUUCCACAUAUCAAUACAUAUUACCUUAUUUUCUUUGUACAUUUUCUGUCAUGGGCUAUCUUUCUUGCAAUGAGAAGUCGGCCAUUGCCAUCUGCGACUCAUAUAACUGGGAGCUACUGUCCAAGAAUCCCAGGAAAAUUCGUCGCCCAUUCAAAAUUGCCGAGUUCGAUCUAUCCGAUCUUCACUCCGCCACCGACGGUUUUUCCGCCGCCAAAUUGCUAGGCAAAGGCAGCCACGGCUGGGUGUACAAGGCUGAGCUCCAGCGGCUCAAGCUCGUCGCCGCCGUAAAAAAGACUAAGGCGCCCAGCAUCUACGGCGGCGCCGCCAACCCCGCCGACAAUGAGUUGGAGAUUCUAUCGAGGAUAUACCACCCCCGCCUCGUCAACUUGAUUGGCUUCGCCGUGGAUCCGAAUCAGCACAAGCUGAUCGUGGUCGAGUACAUGCCAAACGGUUCCUUAUUCGACUUGCUGCACGGCUCGCGCAGACCGCCCGGCUGGGUCAAGCGAACCCGGUUCGCGCUGCAGGUGGCGUGGGCGGUUCAGUUCCUGCACUCGUCGCAGCCGCCGAUCAUCCACCGCGACAUAAAAUCAUCCAACGUUCUAAUCGACGCGGAUUUCAAUUCGCGGAUCAGCGACUUCGGGCUGGCGCUGAGGGGACACGUGGAGGAUGUGAGGGUCCGGUCCACGCCGCCGGCCGGGACGCUCGGGUACCUCGACCCGGGCUAUCUUGCGCCGGGGGAUCUCAGCACCAAAUCCGACGUGUUCAGCUUCGGGAUCCUGCUGCUGGAGAUCAUCAGCGGCCGCAACGCCAUCGACGUCAACUACAGCCCGCCGUCGGUGGUGGAGUGGGCGCUGCCGGAGAUCGAAUCCGGCAACUUCGAGGGAAUCUGCGACCCGAGGAUCGGGCCGCCGGACGAUGCGGGGGCGCUGCGGCGGAUGGCGGUGCUGGCGGCGCGGUGCGUGAGGUGCGCGGCGGAGAGGCGGCCGGGGAUGGAGGAAGUGGUGGAGUGUCUUAAGGGCGUGUACAAGAGGAUGAAGAUGCAAUCGCAGAUUUGCGUCAACGUGGGGCGGCGGGUGGCGAAGUAUGAGGCGUUGGACGACGGCGCGGAGGUGGUGAGGAAUGCGAGGACGGGGAGCAGGAGGAACGGGAAAGUAUCGAGUGUGGCGAGUGUACAAGUGAGGAGUGACGUGGAACGUGUCGGUAGGUCAAAGUCGAUGGGUUCGGGUAGUGAGAUUAAAUAUCAGUCGUUGGAUGGUGGUUGGAGAAGAGUGAAGAUGAGUAAAUCAAAGUCAAUGGGGAUCAAUGCACUUUCAAUUGGGAGCACUAAAUGGGAGGAGUCCAAAUUACUAGUGGAUUUGGGAGAAAAUGUCGGAGGGGAAGAAAAAUAAUGUUGAGCAUGUUUCAAACUCCCACAUUUAUUCUCUAAAAAAAAAAAAGGAAAAAAAAAACUCCCACAUUUAAAUUAAUUCUUUAUUUAGUUUUGUAAAAGAAAAGCUUACAUCUUCAAACCACGAAAACAGACAGAGAAAUUGAGGAAUUCAAAACCUUCUAUUUCAAAUUAGUACAAAUAAGAAUGCCAAUUCAGCCUGAAACUAGUGAAUUGAUCCGAUUAAUCCAUCAAUUAAAUAUUUAAUUAAAAU